GUGUGUUUAAAGCAAAUUACGGUAGUAUUGUUUAAGCAGUCAUGGAACAUACAUUGUUUUUGAUUAUUGCUAUAACUUUUGCGUCUGUUCAGGGUGAUUAUUGCGAUUUGUUGGGAACACUUUUCUACGAUGAACUAGGUUGUACUCCAAAUCUAGGCAACGACGGUUGUCCAAAUUCGUAUGAUUGUCCAGAUAUUACAGUUCCAGAGGGUUUUUGCAAAUAUGGUGGUAAACUAUACGAACAUGAUGAAUUUUUCAAUGGUACCAGUCUAUGCAGUCCAGGAAUUUGCUCCAGUCCCGAAAAUGUUCGCAUGAUUAUUGAUUGCUUCCGACGUCCUGAUGAGGGCUGCUAUUUUGUAUACACCUUGGAUCAAUGUUGCCCUACCGAACAGAUUUGUGAACCUUUCGACGAUGUUGCUACAUGCGAAUUUAAUGGUGAGAUAUACAAGGAAGGAGAAUAUUUCAAUUUCCAGGGAAAUUGCCUUGAUUGCAUCUGUCAGAAGAAUUUCACAGGGGAGUUAGUUGAACCGUUUUGCAAAAGAAAGAAAUGCAAUAUCGAAGUAACCGAAGAUCCAAUUUCUGACAAAAGCGCUCCUGUUUAUUAUAACGAUGAGAUUCGUUGUUGCCCAAUGGAAUUUAUUAAACCCUCAUACGCAACAAAUUUAAUUACAAUUCCAUCCGGAAAUACGAGUCAAGAGAAAUGUGAGUUUGGAAAUAAUAACUUCUAUAAUCUGGGCGAUAUCUUGUUUGUGAAAUACAUAAACCCUGAAAAUUAUAUGAGUAUUGAACAAUCUGCAAUCUGCUCUUGCACUUUACCACCUCUGUUAACUUGUACUAUAGUUUAAAUGAAUAAACAACAAUUUGUGUUAAUUAUUAACUUAAAAUGCACUUUAUAAACUGAUAAUGAAUUAAAGCAAUAAAUAUAAAUAUUGAAUUUUU